UCCCGUGUUGUUGUGGUUAGCUGGAUGCUAGUCCACGCUCGCUUCUCUGUAGCCGGCUGUAGCGGUGAUAUCUCCUCCAUGAGGCCGCUGAGCGAGACUGACUUGUGUGGUUAAACAGCGACCGAAGCGCCGUGGCCAUGGCCGGGGUUUUCGACAUCGAUUUGGAUCAAGCGGACGAGAACGUCUCCGACGACGACCUGGAGGACGGGGUUCAGUUCAGUGAAUACAUGGACCAGUGCACUGGCUUUGAAUUUAACAUGGAUGACUGUGAGAAGUUUGAAAUUUCAGAGAACAUCGUGAACAAAGGAACAGAGCAAAUCAGGCCUGAAUGCUUUGAGCUGCUUAAAGUAUUGGGAAAAGGUGGCUAUGGAAAGGUGUUUCAAGUUCGGAAGGUAUCAGGUUCUACCUCUGGGAAAAUAUUUGCCAUGAAAGUUCUGAAGAAGGCGAUGAUUGUGCGUAAUGCUAAAGACACGGCGCACACCAAAGCUGAGCGGAACAUUCUGGAGGAGGUGAAGCAUCCGUUCAUUGUCGACCUCAUCUACGCCUUCCAGACCGGGGGAAAGUUGUACCUCAUCCUGGAGUAUCUCAGCGGAGGAGAGCUGUUCAUGCAACUGGAAAGAGAGGGCAUCUUCAUGGAAGACACAGCCUGUUUCUACCUUGCUGAAAUCUCGAUGGCACUGGGUCACCUGCAUCAAAAGGGCAUCAUCUAUAGAGACCUGAAGCCAGAGAACAUCAUGCUCAACAACAACGGGCAUGUGAAGUUGACAGACUUUGGUCUAUGCAAAGAGUCCAUCCAUGACGGAACAGUCACCCACACCUUCUGUGGCACUAUUGAAUACAUGGCUCCAGAGAUCCUGAUGAGGAGUGGACAUAACCGGGCAGUGGACUGGUGGAGUCUAGGAGCUCUCAUGUAUGACAUGCUAACAGGCGCACCACCAUUUACUGGUGAGAACCGAAAGAAGACGAUUGACAAAAUCUUGAAAUGUAAACUCAGCCUUCCACCUUACCUCACACAAGAAGCCAGGGACCUUCUGAAAAAGCUGCUGAAACGAAAUGCCUCUUUACGACUCGGGGCUGGACAAGGAGAUGCUGCUGAGGUUCAGGCUCAUUCAUUCUUCCGACAUUUAAAUUGGGAUGACCUCCUUGCUCGCAAAGUAGAGCCGCCAUUUAAACCUUUCCUGCAAUCGGCUGAUGACGUCAGCCAGUUUGACUCCAAGUUCACCAGCCAGCCUCCAGUGGACAGCCCUGACGACUCCACGCUCAGCGAAAGUGCCAAUCAAGUCUUCCUGGGUUUCACAUAUGUAGCCCCAUCUGUGCUGGAAAACGUCAAAGAGAAGUUCUCAUUCGAACCAAAAGUACGCUCACCACGGAAGUUCCCGGGAAGCCCAAGAACACCUGUGAGUCCGGUGAAAUUUGCAGGAGGUGAGUGUUGGCCCAGGGGACUCAAGCUGACAGGCGGCUCCUCCCUGCUGUCCUCGGGCUCUGGAGAGCAGCCUAUGGAAGUGUCUGCAGUGGAGCAAAUGGACACGGGCGGCGGCGGCAGCAACUCGGAGGUCUCGGCGCCACUUCCCAUCAGGCACCCGUCAGGCAUCAACGCAGGCCUGUACAAAAAGCAGGCCUACCCCAUGAACUCCAAGCGGCCCGAGCACCUGCGCAUGAAUCUAUGACGCGCGGCUUGCCUGUGAACAUUAGGACUCUUCUAAUUCCCCUCCUCCUUCUCUUUUAUCGUUUUCUUCAAGAGAGACUUGUAGAAUUUUAUUUUAUUACGAAAUAUUGACUAUCAACGCAGAUCACCAGCUCUUCCAGCUGCGCCUUCUCCUGUUUGGCCUCCAAAGUCCUCCUGACUCAGCGUGGCCUCCUCAGACUGCCACUGAUGCUCAGCAGUCAGCAACAGUAGUGUAGACAGUACCAAGUCUACACAUCCCUGUUCAAACUGCAGUGUUUAGUCUGCAGUGUUAACAGGUGUGUUCAGACCUUUUCCACCUUUAAUUUGAACUUCACCCUCUGAAAUUCAAGAGAAAAACUGAAACCUUUUAGGAAAAUAACCAGGUUGCCUAAAUGUGCGUGAACUAUUAUAAUUGGGGAUGUGGCUGGGUUCAUUAUCAACCAGUCCCAUAAAAACUUGGGUUAAAUAGUAGUCAUUAUACAGCUGACUCGGAUUAACCCUGAAUACGGUUCCCACUGAGUUCUCCUGACAUUUUCUUAUUUGUAUUCUAUUGUUGAAGCCAUGUUCCACAAAGAGCCUCCGGGUUGUUGAAAGAUAUUGAUCAGGAGAGACGCAGGGGUAUAAGAAUGUUCAAGGCAGAAAAUGUGGCAUUACAAAGAACAAGUUGUCCAGGAUUGAUGAGACAGGAAGAGGUCAGGCAGGGAGGCGUUAAAGGAUCUGCAGGAGUUUCCUCUGGGUACCGGUCGCUCCCGAAAUGUCACUACGGAAUCUCAUUUUCUUCAUUUUACAGAAGCUUUUUCUCACAAAGAAAACAUCCAACCCUGGUUUAAGUUUGGUCCAGUUCUCCCCACAUAGACGGUGUGUUAUGUUCUGAUGAGACCAAAGUUUUGACACGAAAACCCAGCAACACAUCACCAACAGAACUCCAAACCAAGGCUAGACUCCAAACCAAUGAGAGAGAUCUGCGUCUGCUCCCAGUGUUUUUGUUACACUGUAUUUAUUGGGAUCUUAACUAGUUUUUUGCAGGUUAUAGUUCACAUCUGAGUUAAACAGUGAUGUGUAGAUUCUGUAACUACUGUAGAUGUGCAGUCAGUCUGAGGAGUGGUGUGGGACAGUUGCUUCUCAAAGGAGUUAGAUCUGCUUCUUGGCUGGACAUGACCAGCUGAUAAAUGGGCUGUAGCUUGUUGCCGUGCACUCAGCCGGUGUUCUAUGAUUUACUGGUGCUCUUUUAUCCUCAAGUCUGGACCAUGUUACUUUUAGUGUUUACGAUUUGACGCCUCCAUCACGAUGAGAGACUUUGGUUACAGGAGGUUUCUACUUCCCCCUCGACAUGCCAGACUGUUUUUGUUUAGUUUACUUUAAAGAUCACUUUGUGAUAAUAACUUGCAGGUUACACCAUGAGUAAAAGUAGAAAUAUUCCACUAUGAACACAGCAUUCCUUUACAUAUGAGGAAAAUAAACACUUUGCCUUUGUCGCCGGAGCGCGUGGU